UUAACUUGAUUUGGUGUGAAAAUGGCUUCGUUUAGGUUGAUAUAUUUCAUAAAUUGUGGAUUGAUGAUAAUAGGUGCUAUUUUUGCUGCGUUGUCUACAGCAGGAAAUUAUUGGGAGAAAUAUUCUUUAAGAAGCACAAUUGUUCAUGUGGGAUUAUGGCAAUUCUGUGGCAAGCCAUUUUCUAGCUCUUAUUGUUUAGAAAGAGACAAAACUGAUGCUCUUAUGGCAUGCGAAGCAUUUAUGAUUAUUGGUUGUUUGGGUUACUUACUUUCUCUUUGUUACAGUAGCGUUCUUUGUAUAAGAAAACAUUGGACCAGUAAAGUAUUAGCAGCGCUACUUAUCCUGACAGCUAUAUGCUUGGCAAUUGCAUUGGGAGUUUACACUAAAGAAAUAAGUAUCAAGGAAUCUACAUUUGGCUGGUCUUACAUAAUUGGAUGGUGCUCAGCUGCAAUUUCUUUAUUCGCAGGAAUACUUAGUUUUGCUGAACAUAUAGAAUAAGUCAGUUUUGAAUAAGUCUUCUUUUUAUUUUCUUAAACAGCAAGAUUUAUAAACUUUAUUAAAUCUUCUCAUUAUAUUGUAUAUAUUUUUAUUUGUUGUACUUUUUUAUUUAAUAUUUCAAAAAAAUACAUA